AUGGAGGGAAGUGAUCUGGUUUGCGGCUAUUCAGGGAGAUGUAGGCUGUUGCAGCACUAUAUGAGUAAGCCCCGACUCGACCGCCUCACAAUAGGCUGCGUCCCCACCUUUGUUUGCGUCCCAACCUUUGUUUGCGCCCCAACCUUUGUUUGCGCCCCAACCUUUGUUUGCGCCCCAACCUUGUUUGCGCCCCAACCUUUGUUUGCGCCCCAACCUUACUAUUACCAGUCAUCUGCGUCGGGUCUGGGCGGGGCGUUGACUGACUGGCAGCGUGCCCACGGGUACCACAGCGAUGCGGCGAGGGCCUUGUUGCGACUCCUGAUUCCGUUGCUGAACUACAUCGACAAGGAAGAGCAGAAAGACGUGGGUACGAAUCCGGCCACACGCAUUUCGCAGGAAGUCUUAAACCAAGUCCUUGGCCACUUUACACUGCUGCUCAAGGCGGUGGAACGCCAGGUCGCCGCCGCCCAGAGCCUCAGCGCGAAGCAGCUCUGUGUCGUCUACCGCAAGGUGACCCUCAUGCUGUACGCGCUCAUUGCCGUGUGCGACGUGCGAGAAAUACAAUCCACCAUCCACAACCUGCUCAAGACCUCCUGUCUGCUGCUGCAGAAACUCCAAAUUUACAAAGGAAACCCCGAAAGCGAGUUUCGCAACCCUGAAAACGAAUUCCGAAUGUCUGAGACGGAACUCCGCAACCCGGACAGUAGGACCGACUACCGACACAGCAUAGAUAUCGCCGGCACCCGCCAAGACGGGGUCUGUCCAGACAACGUCCGCCUAGACGGGGCCGGCGCCGGCCACGUACAACGUUCCAGUGGCAGCCAGGGCAGUCGCCAAGGCAGCAGACAGCGACUAGCGUCGCCCUACCUGCAUAGCUCGCCAGUCGACCACCCACGUGCGCACGCCGCUGCCACGUUUAACGACCAUGGCCACGCGCUAUCCGGGCGCCUCGGCUCGGGCGGUCACCUCAGCUCGGGCGGACCGGCCCGACUGGGGCGAGACAGACAGGGCUUUUACAGGGGCCAAACGCCCGAGGGCUGUAGCCAGGACGGACGGUUGCAAGAGGGGCGGUUACAAGAAGUAUCUGGUCCGGGUUUGAUGGCGUUGUUUAGCAGCAGCAAUUCGUCUUCAGAGACGUUCAGCACGAGUUCCUCGUCUGUGCGUCGGGCGGCGGCGGCCGUGUCCGCGGCGGUUCCGGAGGUGCCGCAGGCGAUUGGGUGCGCGUGCUGCUUGUUACGCUCGAUAAUUGAGCACUCGUUGGUGAGUCACCACGAUGCGAAUUCAGUAGAGGUGGAGGCAGGAGAGGUGACGGAGCCGGUGCGGAUGCCAAUGGCGGCUGACAUGAAGCGGAAGGCGUUGGUAAUUUUGCGCACCUGGAUCAACACCUGUAUUUUCGGACUGAAGACUGGGUCUGGACUGAAGAGCGGGUCUCAGCUCAACGCGACGGCGGCUAGGUCCGGAAACAAUGUUGCGACGGCGGUACGGCCUCCCCCCGUGAGUGGCCGGACUUUGGUUUCUCGGCCGGCGGCCGGCGUUACGGGGUCGGAGCAUGGUUGUGUGGAGCAUCGGACGGGGGUGAUGCUUUCCGGCGUGGGGCAACCGAAUAGCGUGUUUGUGGAUGCGUUGGUGGUGUCUGUGGACGCGCCGCUAUUGAGUUCAAUUUACUUCGGUGGACGUACGGACAAAUUGUUUGCGGCAUCGCUCAAGGCCGUGUUGGGGAUGAUGAAUGGACGAACAAUAGCGAGUGGCGCGUUUGUGGAAGCAACACAGUCGUGUGUGGCAUUGACACAGCUGACGAAGUCAUGUCUAUUAUUAGUCAACCGUAUUUUCAUUGGGGGCUUCGGUUCGGCCUCCAUUCCUGUACGUUUGUUGGCAGCUUCGAUGGCGAGCAUUGCGACGGGGACAUUGCACCGACCGCGGGCGGUAGAGACUGUGUUAUGUUCAAUAAGUCCGUUGCCAUGUCCGAUGGACCCGAAGUGUGCGCAGAAGGUGCUCAAGACCGCGUUGCGAGGUCUUUUUCCCGUGGGUUGGGCAAAUGAUCAGCGCAUGAAUUCGAAGGAAGGCACUACACCUGGUUGGUACUAUCUAGAUGAGAACCGGACCUGCGCCAAGUUCCGAGUGCACUGGCACGAAGCCUACUGCUCCGAGACCCGCCGCUGCCAUGAGGCACCCACUAUCCAUAACCUCCUCAGCUUCCUCAGCAAAGCCGCCAACGAUCCCACACGGUCCUUCGCUCCCUACCUCACCUCCAAGGUCUACCACACACCCCUCACCAUGGAGGUCAAACCUGACGGCUGUCUCAGCUUCACCACGAACAGCCUGGAUAUCGUACUCAUCCUCCAAAGCCCACAAUUCCUUAGCCUCGCCAUCCAAAGCUACCUCUAUGAACCCUCCGCCGAACUCGAAAGCCUCAUACUCUUCGCUCUCCUCGCACCUCUCAUCUCCAGGCUCGCCCCCGACCCUUCGGCCACCGUCCUACUUGCCGCCCUCCACUCCCUAGCUCUCGCCAUGGAACCUGGCUCCGUUUCCAAACCCAUUCUCGAACACAAUCCUACCGUAGCCGGGGCGGGCAACACCGUCGCCGGGGCGGGCAACAACGCCUCCGGACCCACAGCGUCCGGCUCCAAUUCCGGCGCGGGGACGAAGAACUUGGUCUCCGUACCGCUGCACAGGAUUCUACAGUUGUUCGACCGCGGUUCAGCGAGAUAUCGGCAAGGCCUUUCUUGGGAAUCCUCCGCCGGCGCCAGUCCCCCACUGUCACCGCGGGGACAGAUCCCGAACGUCAAGCUGCGUCCGAUACUUGAUCCAAUCUUCGCCGUCUCCGACAAACCGCUGCUAAUCGUCCGCGAAUGCGCCAAUGCGAUGGCCGAGAAGGGCGAUGCCGUCAUCUUCCACCUCCGCAAGAUCCGCAACUACGUUGACGCCGUCUACAACGAGUGGGGAGACCGUAAAGCCAACUUCUUGAACGAGGCCAAGGACACGGAAGGUCCGCGGGUGGAGAGUCAACAAGGGGAGAGUCAACGAGUGGAGAGUCAACGAGUGGAGAGUCAACGAGUGGAGAGUCAACGAGUGGAGAGUCAACGAGUGGAGAGUCAACGAGUGGAGAGUCAACGAGUGGAGAGUCAACGAGUGGAGAGUCAACGAGUGGAGAGUCAACAAGUGGAGAGUCAACAAGUGGAGAGUCAACGAGGGGAAGGAGGCGACUCUCAGCGACCCGAGACCCCAAGAACGGGCGACAACCGGCCGAUGGCAGGCCGGAGCUGUUGGAGCGACGCGGAGGUCCAGGAAGUGCUGAACUUUAGUCUCACGGUGUUGUUGCACCGAUACUUGAUUCUUACGUUGGAAAAAAUUCCGCAUGCGACCUUCCAGCGAUACGCCUCCAACGAGGCCGUGUCGACCAAAGUGAUGGGCAACGGCGCCGGCGUGGAUGUCGUGGAGCUGUUAGACUGCGUGCGAGACAAGAACCUGAAGCAACAGCUGAGCAUUCGCUGGCUCACUCAGACAUUUAACAACCUCCCGGCGCGACCUGGACGACCGCUGGUCAAUUACGCACAAGUCAGCGCCUCCAUUCGACUAAACGAACGUGUUCUCGCGAACUGGAACAAAACCACCAAAAGGUACUCCAACAUCAUGCAGUCAGGCGAAAUAGAGUACCUUCAUAAAUGCCGCUCAUGGCUGCACUUCUUCCUCGUUGGCGCCCCGGCCCUCGACAACCUAGAUGACCCUGACGUCGUCGUUUUCACCAAAGACGUCAAACUGCCUUCCACCAACUAA